CCCAUGUGCUCAGACUGGCGCUAAAAGUUUUGAGCCCCUCAAAAAUCUCGAGCCUCCAUCCCGGGCGCAGGUAGCCGCUGGGCUCCGGGGGCACUUGGCGUCCGGGCUCGGAGCGUGCUUCCCAGGACGGUGACACGCUCCCCUGAGGUUCGGAUUGCCUUGCAGGGACUGCAAUGGAGGAGCCACAGUCAGAUCUCAGCAUCGAGCCCCCUCUGAGUCAGGAGACAUUUUCAGACUUAUGGAAACUCCUUCCUGAGAACAACGUUUUGUCCCCCUCGCCAUCCGCGGUGGAUGACUUGUUCCUCCCGGAAGAUGUUGCCAGCUGGUUGAACAACCCAGAGGAGCCUGUGGGAACCCCAGCGGCUGCUGCACUGGCCACCACUCCCGUGCCAGCCGCCCCCGCCCCCGCCACCCCCUGGCCCCUGUCAUCCUCUGUCCCUUCCCAGAAGGAAUACCCUGGCGUCUAUAAUUUCCAGCUGGGCUUCCUGCGUUCUGGGACAGCCAAAUCUGUCACCUGCACGUACUCGCCUGCCCUCAAUAAGCUGUUCUGCCAGCUGGCGAAGACCUGCCCCGUGCAGCUGUGGGUGACCUCGCCACCCCCACCAGGCGCCCGCGUCAGGGCCAUGGCCAUCUACAAGAAGUCAGAGCACAUGACCGAGGUCGUGCGGCGCUGUCCCCACCACGAGCGCUGCUCGGACUACAGCGACAGUCUGGCCCCACCUCAGCACCUUAUCCGGGUGGAAGGAAAUCCGCGUGCCGAGUACUGGGACGACAGCAACACUUUCCGACACAGUGUGGUGGUGCCCUAUGAGAUGCCUGAGGUCGGCUCUGACUGCACCACCAUCCACUACAACUUCAUGUGUAACAGCUCCUGCAUGGGGGGCAUGAACCGGCGGCCCAUCCUCACCAUCAUCACCCUUGAAGAUUCCAAUGGCAAUCUGCUGGGACGGGGCAGCUUUGAGGUGCGAAUUUGUGCCUGUCCUGGGCGAGACAGGAGGACAGAGGAAGAAAAUUUCCACAAGAAGGGGGAGCCUUGCCAUGAGCCCCCCGCUGGGACCACUAAGCGAGCACUGGCCACCACCACCGGCUCUUCUCCCCCAGCAAAGAAGAAGCCGCUGGAUGGAGAGUACUUCACUCUCCAGAUCAGGGGACAUGAACGCUUCAAGAUGUUCCGAGAGCUGAAUGAAGCCUUAGAGCUGAAGGAUGCCCAGGCUGGGAAGGAGCCAGAGGGGAGCCGGGCUCACUCCAGCCACCUGAAGUCUAAGAAGGGGCAGUCUACCUCCCGCCAUAAAAAACUCAUGUUCAAGAGGGAGGGGCCUGACUCGGACUGACGUACUCUGCUUCUUGUCCCCACAGACACCCACCCCUUCCCCCGGCCCCCUCCUUUGGCAUUUGGGAACCCAGGUUGGGUGCUUGUACCCCUGCUUGGUAUAGGUGUGCCUCAGAAACACCCAGGAAGUCUUCGGUUUACCUUGGUCUGAGGCUCCACUAAAGAAUUUAUCCUGCACUGGUGUUUUGGGAGGCUUGAAGGGGAGCUGAGACCCUCCAGCUUAGCUUUUCUGGCUUCUACUCCGAGAAAGGCUUGGGAGAAGUGGGAAGAUGAUCCUACACAUAAGGGUUAGAUUUAGCACCAGCAGCACACUGGGUUGGAAGUCCAGAUCCCCCCUGUACCAGCCAGGGAAGCUAUCUCAGGUGGUCUAAUUUCUUCUAACUUCAGCAUCCACAUCUAUAAAAUGCUGAUGAUCAUCGUACCUGCCUCACAGAAUUGGUUGUGAGGAUUAAUGAAAUGAUGUUUGUCUGGCCUAGAAACCACCUUUUUUCUACAUGGCCUCUGGGAUUAGCCCCCUUGCGGCUGCUGGUUCCCUGUUGCUGGGGCUGAUGGGUUGAUAGCUUCCGUGACUAGGCAGCUGGUUCUGGGGAGGGAGUUUCAAGUCCCCUCUCUGCUGGCCUAACAAAAUCCUAUGUAACCUCUUGGUGUAAACCUCAGCCCCAAAAAGGAAAUCUCACCCCAUCCCUCGCUCUAGGAUCUACAUCCACCAAGACCUUGUUCUAUUCCUCCCCCAUGCCCCCCGCGAUGCUCAGGGCCCCUUUUGUUUGUAUUUAGAAGGCACAUCUGUAUUCUCCACCUGCAUCCUUCCCUUCCCUUUUGAUAUCCCAUUUUUAUAUCGGUUCAUUAUUUACAAUAAAAUUUUCCUACCACU